AUGGUUCUCCGAAUUCGGUUGGCACGCUUCGGCAACAAACACAACCCCUUCUACAACAUCGUUGUUGCGCAGGCUCGGUCUGCUCGCGGCGCGAAGCCCCUCGAGGUUAUCGGCACUUACAACCCUAUCCCGAGGAACCCGACGAACCUCUACGAUGACAAUGCUCAUACCCGCCCCUACAAGGAGAUUGCGCUCGACCGAGCCCGCGCAAAGUAUUGGUUGGGUGUUGGUGCGCAGCCUAGCGAUCCAGUAUGGAAAUUAAUGGACAUGGCUGGUCUUGUUGAGCAGAAGCCCGCUACCUACCACAAGGCGUAA